UUUCCUACUUUGCGAACAAGUAGAAGUAGACAAGUACAGAGUUUCGUGAAACAUGGCGCUUAACCUCACCGUUAAGGUUCAUCCUGUUGUUCUUUUCCAAAUUGUCGAUGCUUACGAACGUCGAAAAGCCGAGUCGCAUCGCGUUAUCGGCACGCUGUUAGGUACCGUAGAAAAAGGAAUGGUCGAAGUGACAAAUUGUUUUUGCGUGCCACAUAAGGAGUCUGAAAGUCAAGUGGAAGCCGAUUUGACGUACGGAAUUGAUUUGUACGAGUUAAAUCACAGAGUGAACGCGCAAGAAAAUAUUGUUGGAUGGUGGGCAACUGGAAACGAAGUUACCACUCAUUCUUCCGUCAUUCACGAAUAUUAUGUUCGCGAAUGCAAUAAUCCUGUUCAUUUGACCGUCGAUACGACUUUACUGAAUACUACUAGAAUGGCAAUUAAAGCUUAUGUAUGUGUGUCAUUGGGAGUUCCUAAUGGGAAGCAAGGUUCCAUGUUCACCCCGGUCAAAGUACAGGUCACAUCUUACGAGCCAGAAGUUGUCGGACUGCAGCUUUGUUCCAAGACUCAGUUACCGGCGCAUGCUCAAAUAACUGGGGUAAAAACAGGCGGCGGUAUAGAACCGAUGAUGGAUCUCGCGCAAAUAGCGGAAGCCAGCGCCAAACUUUCUAACAUGUUGGAACAAGUGCUCGCAUACGUCGACGACGUGUUAAAUUCGAAACAACCACCCGACAAUCAAGUGGGUCGUGCUCUUUUGGAUAUGGUACAUUCCGUUCCCAAAAUGUCGAGCGAACAAUUCGACGAAAUGUUUAACAGUAACGUGAAAGAUUUACUGAUGGUCGUCGCGCUUUCGCAGUUGAUAAAGACUCAACUUCAGCUCAACGAGAAGCUCACCCUACUGACGACUUUAUAAUACAAAUCUUUUAAUUAAAAAUCUGUAAUAUAAAUUGACAAAUUCUAUGAUACAGUUUCUAUGAAUAAAAAACGUUUUGAAUUUUCAA